AUGCAUGGACCAUUGCAGAUGUUCAUACGUUCAUUACAUCCAUUUCUUAAAAAAACUAGUAAUGUCUGUCUUUCAACACAACGUCGACGAGCAUUAUCAAACGGAUCAUUUGUUCGACAGUUAUUUGAGCAAACAACAUCAACUUAUACUUAUAUAAUAGCUGAUGGGAAAAGUCGAGAAGCUUUCAUUAUUGAUCCAGUUAUUACAACAGUUGCACGUGAUAUGCAACUUAUUAAACAACUCGGUUUAACUUUACGAUAUGCAAUUAACACACAUGUUCAUGCUGAUCAUAUUACCGGUAGUGGUCGUCUUAAAACAUUAUUACCUGAAUGUCGAAGUGUGAUAAGCAAAUGUAGUGGUGGAAAGGCAGAUAUUUAUAUUGAACAUGGAGAUGAAAUUGAAAUUGGUGAGAAGAAUGACAAAAAUCAACGUUUAGUACUUGAAUGUCGAUCAACACCAGGCCAUACAAAUGGCUGUAUGACAUUUGUUUGGCAUAAAGGAGCAAGCGUAUUUACUGGUGAUUGUCUUUUAAUACGAGGUUGUGGAAGAACAGAUUUUCAACAAGGAAGUGCUGAUAAAAUCUAUACGUCUAUUUAUGAACACAUAUAUACGUUACCGGAUCAUUUCAUUGUUUAUCCUGGGCACGAUUAUACGGGUCAAACGAGUUCAACAGUUGCAGAAGAAAAACAAUUUAAUAGUCGUUUAUUGAAAUCAAGAGAAGACUUUGUUAAAUUUAUGAAAGAACUAAAACUUAGUUAUCCAUUGCAAAUUGACAAAGCUCUUCCAGCUAAUUUGGUAUGCGGUUUAGUAGAUCCAUAA